AUGAAAAAAGUUAAUAGAAAUAAGCAAUCGGACAGCGGCGAAGCGUCACAGCCGGAAAACGCGAAAAGUGAGGUCGGAUCGGGUGAUCGCAAAGGGCAUUGCAAUAAACUGCCCACGAACUAUCGGAAGGCUUGCAAGUACGUGCAGAUGGCGGUGGAGGAGAGGCGGAAUAUCGAUGCGCUCCUCGAGCAGGACAGACAUUUCCGUACCGGGCGCUCGAUUGUGGGCCGUGUACUGUGCAAUCUGCCGAAAAUUGAUGCAAUCUACACGGAGCUGGAUCUCGCUACGAAGGAACCGAGCUUGCGUCCGUGGCUCGCUCGGGUACUCAUCUCGGAGCUGCUUUUCGGGAGUGGUCGACUGGUCGGCAAUACGCUACCUGUCGAAUGUGUGCGAAAGUAUGAGGAAGAGUUGCGCACGCUUAAAUCGAAUAUGGAGCGUAACAUGACGGUUGAAUUUGCAGAUCCACGCUAUGUGCGCAUCAACACGAAUCUGGUAGGCAUAGCGGAUGCGAAAGGAUUGCUCGCCACGGAACAAUGGACACUGGUGGAGGAAAAAUUCGACGAGUAUCGCGCGUUCCUCGAGCGUGUAAAAACGCUCAGCGAGUCGGAAUACAUAGAAGACUACCAUUUUCCGGAAAUGCUCGUGUUCCCGAACAGUGCCAAACAGUUCUGGGGUCGAGCGCGCCAUCUGCGAGAUAAAUUCAUACUGCAGAACAAGGCCUGUCUGCUACCGACGUAUCUGCUCCGUCCGGGCAAAAAAUCGGUCGUGCUCGAUAUGUGUGCCGCACCCGGCCUGAAGACAACGCACCUAGCCUCCCUGAUGAAGAACAAGGGCCGUAUCUACGCGGUCGAGCUAAAUGCGCAACGGUACGCAACACUCACACAGAUGGUCAGUUCGUACGGUGUGAUCAAAACGAUAAACAGCGACUGUUUGAACGUAACGGACGAGCAGGUCCCAGGCGUCGAGUAUAUACUGCUCGAUCCGAGCUGCUCCGGAUCCGGGAUGCUGCAACGCCAGUACGAAACGGAACCGAUGGACGAGCAGCGGCUGUACAAGCUCGGCGGACUACAGUACAAGCUGCUUUCGCACGCGAUGAAUGCGUACCCUAAUGCACGCCGGAUCGUGUACUCGACCUGCUCGAUUUACAUCCAGGAAAACGAAGAGGUAGUACAGGGUGUGCUGCGCCACAAUGGGCACUUCCGUUUGCUCGACGCACGGCAGGAGCUGGGCAAGGAGUGGCAUAACGUCGGUUCGCCCGAUUUUGUCGGCAUCGGUGAGCGGUGUCUGUACGCCCGGACCAAGGACGAUCUGACGAUUGGGAUGUUUGUGGCCGUGUUUGAACGGUGCCCGGAAGGGGUGUUGAAUGAGCAUUAUCUGGGGCACGAGAAGCAAAAGACUAGUUACGAGCGUCUGUCACAAAUCACAAAUCGCAGGCAGCAGCCCCUUUUGAACGUGGUAAGUGAGGAAGAUUGGCGCCCGGAAGCACCGUUCGCGGGUAAGCGUAAGGUAGCGAAAACGGAGCAGACGGAAUCAGCGCAUGUAGGGGAAGAAUCAACGGCUAAAAAGCUGAAGGGUGAAUCUGUCGAUGUACGUGAAGGAGAUGAAUUAGAGAAGGAUGUUAAACCACAUGUGUGGCUGGUGCUGUUGGUACGCUUGGCGUACGCUAUUGUCACACCGUACCAGCAACUUCCGGAAUGUGCCGCAGAUGCGGCAUUUAUCGUGCCCAACUUUAAGGCAAACUGGUUCAAGGCGACCGAAUAUUGUCACUAUUUAGGCCGUGCACUAGUGACGGUGGGGACGGAGCAAACGCAGCAAUCCAUCGACCAGCUGUUGGACGGUGCGGGUCACUAUCCGCGCGAUCAGUCGUACUGGUGCGGGGCGAACGAUCUGGCGGACGGUGGAAACUUUCACUGGCAUCUGACCGGCCGUCCCAUCGCCAUCGGAUGGACUAACUGGCGGGACGAGCUGCAUCGCCGCGAGCAGGCUGCCGAGAUGGAUGCGUUCAAGGUCCGGUGCGUUUCGAUGUCACGCACUGCCGACGAUGUUGAGGAGCUGCAGCAGCAGCAGGAGCUGCCUCCGGCUCCACCAUCAGCGGCCACAUGGAUCUGGACGGUGUCAAACUGUUGGAAGGAGCUGUACUUUAUCUGCGAACGUACCGGCGUAUCGGGCUGCCGCUCCUCCAGUGCGGAGGACACACCAACAUCUGUCAACCGGAGGGUUCCACGCAAGGCAGCAACGCGAACAGGGCCCCACAGUACGGCCGAACCGAGUGUGAGAGUGCUGGACGGUGGUAGCCGGUCGGUAAUCGAGCUGAAGAAGCCGGCCGGUGAUCCGGUGCAUCUAAAGGUGCAGCUACUAACUGCCAGCGAUCGACAGGUGGAGGUAGCGAGCAAAAAAAAAAAAAGAAUAACACAACUAGUUGAGGACCAAGAAAGUAAACAGCAGCAGGAAGAAAUAAAACUGAGCUCUUUGUGGGUCCGUGUGUCGGUAUGUGUGCGGAAGGUUUAUCAAAUUGGAUUCGAUCCGGAUUCGGUUCGAGGGUUAACCUCAAAAAUUAACAAGAAAGGUUGA